ACUGUUGGUUGGAGAUGGAGUCUGCUAACGCAAACAAACGACCAGCGUCCACCACAACUCAGACUCCAACACAAACUCCACGGAAGCAUAAAAAAAACAGAGUCGUAUCUACUGAAUCCCUUCUGGCAAAACAGGAAUGUGACCGGCCUUGGGCGAAAACUAGGAUCAACAUAUGUGGGUCCUUCGAUUCAUGGAGGGAACUACGUUUGGUUUUGGGUCUCAAAAUGGACCCAGAGCUGGCAAAACUCCUACUGGACAGUUUUAAAAAGACAACUACAGCUGUGGCAAGUCAGGGCCCAGUCACAUCCACACCAGGCAAGCAACCAGGUCUUUGGAGCAACCCAGCAUCAACAAUUGGAGAGGAAUCUGAAAGGGAUGAUUUUCUAAUGGCUGGAGUUGGACCACUGGCAGAGGACCAAGCUUUGGAGGCUUUGGAAGAAAGCAUCAAGUCCAUGGACCUUUUGGGGGACUAUGUACUUGUGGAUGAAGAACAGGCAAACAGCCUUCCGAACACUGUAAUUGAGUUGGAGGACCAAGUGGCUUCAGACAGAUCUGAUGUCGACUCUGCCCCCCUUAUCUUUGUGCGAGCCGGUGGUGCCUUACAGAUGGCCAUUGAUAGACUCCCCAUUGUUGGUCUCGAGGAAAGUGUGCUGGACAUACACGACCGUGAGGAUGCGGAGAACAUGAACCAGAACAAACUGAUGACACAGAGCAACUCUUGGCCUGUGACAUGCACUCCCUCCCUGGCCCUGAGCGGGUCAGUUGUGAAGAGGACAUCAUUGACCAGCCUGCAUGCAUCACCUAUGAAAGCAGCUUGAUGCAACUGGCCACCUUCCUCCAGUUGCCCAUCAAUAAAUGCUUUUAUGGUGACCACCAGACGGGUGCUGUAUGCGAUGGUGUUCCACCUUUUCAGGUGAAGCU